AUGAGCAUCCCCACACCCACCUUCGCCACCCUCUCCAAGCCCGGCCUCACCCUCCGCGCCUUCCGCGACGCUGACCUCGACGCGCUCACCGCGACAAUCGCCUCGCACGAAGUCCUGCGCACCGGACCCGGAAACACCGUCCCCCACUGGAACAAAGUCGCCGAAGGCAUCAAAGGCGUCACAAACAGCGCGACUUUCUUCGCCGUUGUCGACCUCGACGGGCAGGCGGUGGGCAAUGUCGAGCUGCACGGCGGGCAGAACAAGAACCGCGACGGCGGCCUGGCGAUCGUGCUGCACGAGAGCAUCCGGGGCAAGGGGUAUGGGACAGAGAUCGUGCGCUGGAUCGUCGACUAUGCGUUCUUGCAAUUGGGUCUGCAUCGCGUGUCAUUGAGUGUAAUGGGCGACAAUCCGCGUGCUGUGGCAUUGUAUAAGAAGAUUGGAUUUGUCGAAGAAGGGCGGAAACGCAAGGGCAUAUGGCAGGACGGCGAUUGGGUCGACAUGAUCGACAUGGGGAUUCUUCAUGACGAAUGGCUCGCAUCUAGGAGAAGUGGGCAGUAA